AUGACGAAUUUCACAGAAAAAUGUCGUACAGUUUCAUAUCCGGAGUCCGACCUUUCCAAUUUAACCAUAUCUGAAGAAGAGGAUCAGGAUGAAAUUGAGGAUGAGAUGGAGCGUAUGACUGUUGCAGCUUUAUAUAUUUUGUUGGAAGAGGCAAGUAGUGGGGACAAGGUGACGGAGUUUACGCGAACUUGGGCUGGAUCAAAAAAUGGGAAAAGGCCGAACGUAGAAAGAGAUCACGCAGGCACGGAUGUCAAGUACCUAC